AUUUCCCUCCACUCCACACAGGAAUAUUGAAUGGGCUCCAAACAAGGAGGUGUAUACUUAUGUUCCAGUAUCGGGACGCCCGGUCAAGGCGAUGAAUAUCAAGCGGGAACCGCGCAAAUCCAUCUUAAAGCCUACGCGACCUUCGCUGCCUUUCGAAGUGGAGAAGAGACGUGAAGUUACUCCAUCCCCAGAAAAUGCGCUUGAGGAUGCACAUUAUCUGGAGCACCCUGUUUCUGUUAUCAUUGCAGAUAACUCGUCGUUGCGAGAACUUACAGAAGCGUACUCGAUUCUUGCUGCUCGAAUCCGAUCUUCCGUACCUCAGAAUUUUUUUACUUCCCAAACACAAGACGUCCACUACGCAUUAUUCGAACCACUAAGAAGUGAUGCUGAAGCGCUAUCAAUCGCCAUUGUGCGUGACCUUGGGCGAGUCUUUGUUGACCCCUUCUUGCCGCCCAAUUCCCCGCCCGCGACUCCGAGAGAAAAGUCAGGUCUACCUACUCCUCAAGAUUCGCCUGUGCCAAAGAAGGGAGGAAUGACGGAGGAACAGGUCAAAUAUGCGAGAGAUUUGAGCACUGUAACGAACUCGACAAUAAAGUUCCUUACACUAACCCUUCAAACACCGUCGAUUUACAACGUUUUCACGCAGAAACAGCUUGACUCGAUACUCACGGCAGUACUAGCCAUUCCGCUGGCUGAGUCGCUUCGCUCACCCACUGCUCGAAAAAUAUGUGGACUUGCUAUUUCUGUCUUGCAAUCUCAACGACUGCCAGACAGUGUCUUGAAUUCUGCUGCCCCGCGGAUAGCAUUUGCACUUAAACGAGCCAUUGAGGGAGAACUUGGUAGGGAGGGGAAGAAAGGUGCCACUGCUGAAGCACUUCGGGCUGUCCAUGACCUAUCGAUAUACCAACCUGGGAUCUUUGUACCGAUGUUCCAGGUUUACUUGAUGACUAUCCUUGAAGCUCUCCUCACCCCCUCUUGUGCCCUUCGCGUUCUCGCAGCUCAUGCUCUUGGUGGAUUCGUCUUGGGUCUCACACAGCCCGAAUUUGAAUUUGAGAAUAUCCUGUGUGACGUUUCACCUAUCGUUUACGAGUUCUUUCUCCGUAGAGAAGCGGGUACCAAUUCUCAGCCAACCAUUCUUCGUUCACUUCGUACAGCAUUACGUACAACCGAGCCGACACAUCAUGCCCAGGGACCCUUCUGGGCUACGUCGGUACUGGCCAGCCUCGUCAUACUUCUAGGGCCCGCCUUGUUGAAAGACAGGCAGGCCUUGGUAGCUUUCCGUGGGACUAUUGAGAUAGGAAUGAAGUCCAAAAAGCGCGUAGUUCGUGGAGUGACAUCUACUUUAUGGGGUCCCUUAAUCUGGGUCUGGCAGAAAUGGCGCGGGUCCAUGGAGGAUGAUGCAGGUGAAUCCGAUGAACAAUGCGAAGGAGCAGCUGAACGUGAAAGGGUCAAAGCAUGCUUUUCGACGAUGAUCCGAAUGACAACUCAUCUUCCAGUUGGAUUGUCCUUUGUUGGUGCUUUACUUGGGAAUGACCCUGCAACCUGUCGGCGGGAAGAUUUGCUUCUGGCUCUAUAUGAGCUUGGCGCUUCGGCCCGCCAGGGCGGAGAAUCUACGCAGCGUGCCCUGGAUUUACUUGAUCGCUUGGUCAACUCUCGAGAGGAAGCAGACUUCUAUGAGCAGUGGACAGAUACUUUCAUGGGAAAACUCGUUCCGGAACCACUACUCUCUGUAUCUCCAGGCCUUCUUACUUCAGAUAUAAAUGGUGCAGCCCUCAAUCCUGCAAUUGACAAUAUUGUCGGCACCCUACCUGUACAUACUGAUGUUCGUCCACUUGCGGAUGAAGAGAGGUCUGUUUCCGGCGUUUGGACGCGUGUCAAGGAUGCCUGGAUGAUAUGCAUCGAGCAAAUGGAAAUGCGAGAGGACGACAUUAUUCCUGAUGUCUUAACUGAUAUAUGGACAGGCCUAGUCCGGAUGGGUUUAGCCAGUGUAGAGGAUGACUCGGCCAAUCUUCUUGAGUAUGUAGGGCAAUGCGCUGAAGUAUUGAUUUCAAUCUUCACAAACGAGGCUAUUGACCUCCAUGAUCAAUCGCAUGAGGGUGACUCGGACGAUACUUUGAUCGCUGGUUCAGCAGAAGAAGGCAACAAAGCUACAGACACAGGGGCAGGAUCCGCGGCAAAUCAACGACUGAAGCUCAUGCUUGUGCGGGCUCUGUGGGCGGCGACAUUGAGCGUUCUACCUACGUCGUCGGUGAUGGGUGCGGUGAAGCCCAUGAUCCGUUUUCUGGUGAAGCAUCAACCUGAGCUUGUUCCAUCCACCGGCAACGAAAUAGACCAUAAGGACGAAGCACUGAGUGAAUGGUCCCAAUUUUGCGCACAAGUUGCAGCCGCCACUUCGAUGGAUAUCACGAGAGUGAUUUGGGAACACGACUGGGAGUGGGAUGAUAAAACACGUGCACGUGCGUGGAGGGGAUAUGCACGAGGCUGGGUCGAGGAUUCGAAAGGGUCGUGGCGAGAUGCUGCAACUAUUCUUGGCAUACCCUUCAGAGAGGACUCGCCUUGGGAUAUGUCCGAAGCCGACCUUUCUACGUGGAGUAGCCUACUUGCUUACGCAGUUGACAAGGCUAGUAAGGAGCAGACACCCGUUUCGGAAGUCUUGGAGCUCGUGGUUUCUCGCAUUGAAACCCAACAUGUCAUUUCACUGGGUUCGACGCUUCGUGUCGCAGAUCAUCUUAUUGGCAUGCUGGAAAGACAUAUCGAAACCUGUAAUGAUCUACCUCGCCGCCUUAUCGAGCUUGUGCAUGAGAUCCUCAUCACAUCGUAUCCUCCUGAACCGCGAAACAAAGUCGUUGCCAUUUGGUUGCUACGUUCCUUGCAGUCAUCCAUAGGCAAUUGCCCAGCGAUUCUCGUUGUGGAGCUUCUCGAGAAUCUCCACAACGGACUCUGUACCUGGAUUGCAGACGAGUGUGCUCUUUUCUCGACUGAAGAGUACUCUAGCGAAAUCAUUCCGCUCUUCCAGACAGUGCUUGUCGCUCUUGAACCACUUCCUCCAUCCACUGCUGUUCUACAGUCUCUCUCGGCCUUAUUUGCUUCCGCUUUGCAGAUAGACUUGGAGACUGGUGCGCUUUCGAGUGAGCGUGAAGAAGCGUUGGCCUCGUUCACAGAGUUCUGGAAUAACAACUGUUUAGCACUCGAACCUCCAGAGUGCGGGUGGCCGGAAGGGAUCUCACACGCAUUGGAACUUGCCUUCUCCGCGACUGUGGUCGAAUCGCCCAUCCCAGACGCUCCGCUCAAUCCGGAUACAAUGCCUUGCAUCGACAUGAUUCUAAGUGACGAUGAUGAAUUAGACGUCCUUCCACGAACGACCACUCCUCGUAGAUGUCCUGCUAAUCAGGUUCCCCUUCCCUUCUCGCCUCCGUCUCGGGUUUACCAAAAUAUCCCUACAUCGCCUGUGAUUACACCGAGACACCACACAAGGCGAACGAAAGAAUCACAGUUGUCUGAUGAGCCGCGUCUACCUUCCUUGUUUUCUACACUAUCCUCACCGCCUGCUCGGAGGGGAUCUCAGCACAGAAAGUCGAGUCGCCAAUCUCGGACCGUCUCUGGCUCAAGCGCUGUUUCUACUUCAGACGAUGUAGAAAAGGAGAACGUCUGUCCACAGUCUCGCAGAGUGUCGAAUGCGGCCACGUACCUCGGAACAAAGCGAACGUUCCUUGAUGCAGAUUCCAGUCCCCUGUCCGCCAAGAGACGCCGUACAGAGAGCUGCGGAUCGGAUGACAGUGAAGACGCGCACGCAGUUGAGGAGGCGUUAUUCGCCGAUAUCUACCCUAUUCUAGGUCUCGGACGAUCACCGCUGGGAACUGCUGAUGUUAAUGCCCUCGGCCUCCAGACUCCGACUAAGCGCGUACGCGCUACACCCGAUCACACCCUACUUCAGGCUCGCACACCAAACUCGAGUCCCAUUAAACGGCGGAAAACACAGAGUUGUAAAAGAUUGGUUGACAGUGGGGAUGAUGACGAAUAUCUCCCGUCGUCUUCUGAUGUCGAGUCUGAAGAAGAAGAUGAGACGUCGGGCUCUUCGUCACCUGUUGGGCCGUUCACUCCAAAGACUGUUCGACGCAAACAACACUCGAUGGCGAUUGACUGCGAGCCGCCAAGCAGUGAUGAUGUCGUUACAAGCAGCAGUCCAACGCGGAAGAUUCGUCGAUUGGCUCGCGCAGAACGACUGUCGUCUGGUCUAAAUGUAUCCAGCCCCAAAACGAGCAAUCCUACGCCCUCUGCCACAUUACUGCGACCGUAAGGAUGUUAAAUUUACGAUUUUCUCUUUACUUCGGAGCCGCGAUACCUUCAUCAACUUGUCAUUAAUUAUUCAACGCAAUUUGUUCUUCCCUUGUAGCAUUUACCAUGCUCUCUCUUCCGUUUGGACAGUUUGCAUCAUUUCUCGGGUUAGUGUAUUUGAAGUUAGCUAAAAUGUAAAGUGCAGAUCAUUAAAGCGAAU